AUAAUUUAAAAGGCAUUGUUGAUUAUAAUGGCAAAAUGUAUUUGUUCGGCGGACAAUCUAAAAAAAUUACUGUAAAUGAUAUGCUUAUUUUAGAUACAAUGAACUUGAAUUGGGAAUUAGGAAGUUCGAUUAAUGCGCCUUCUCCACGGGUAGUUUAUGGUGCAACUUUAUUAUCAAAUCAGCUAAUUCUUUACUUAGGUGGCUCUAAUAGUAAAGCACUCGCAUCAUUAAAAGAGGUCUACAUAUAUGAUACGAUUAACGAUAGUUGGAGUAUUAAAACAUCUUCGGGCACAAUUCCUUCUAAUAGAGAUGCAUUUUCUGCUGUUCUUGGAUUGGAUGGGCAGCAUGUAAUAAUUUUUGGAGACAUUGAUAAAUCACAAGAUUCACUUUAUGUAUUAGAUUUAAUAAAAUACGAAUGGUACAUUCCAAAAAUUUUUGGGAAAAUUCCAAGUUCCAGACAUUGGCAUGAGGCAAACGUAAUUGGAAAAUAUAUGGUUAUAUCAUUUG